AUGACUACCAAUGGUUUAAUUAAAGCAAAAUUUUUCGAACCUUUUAUGUCAAUAUGUACUGUGUUCUAAGGAUUUGCACUGUUCUAAGGAAUCUUCAAUCGAAAAACAGCUUUCUUUGAGGUAUCUAAAUAGAUAUGGAUCAUUUUAAUGAAGGUUUGAUCCGUAAAACUGUCGUCCAAGUAACCACUGGUCCUCAGGAACAAAUAAGGAAAAAUCUUGCUGGUUUUUUCUGUCUUGUUUCAUGUUCCUUUACUUUUAUCUUUUUUUCUGCUUUUAUUAAACUAAAUGGGAUUUUUGAGGGAUGUUUGGGAGAACGAACUCCUAUAGGUACCUACUAGUGAGAGCAGGGUUCUAGUUUUAAAUUGCAUGAGCUUUUAUAGACUUCAUUAGCAUGUUCUCUCUCCAGUUAUAAAAUGAAUCAGCAUGUGCUCUUUCUGUCUAGUCAAUUAUACAACAUAUUUCAAGCAAAACACCGAAUUAUGUGAAUGUUCUCUGUCCCAUACAAUCCAAAAUAUCGUUAGCAGUGUAGGGAAUGCAGCUCAUAAUUAAUAAAUUGUCAUUCUUCCUAUGAACGGUGGAGGAAUUAAGCAUCGAAUGUGAUGACCUGAGAAAUGAUAACUGAUUUGGCAUGCCUCAAGAUGGUGAAUGGUCCUUCAGCUUUCUCUUUGCUGCAGGUAAGAAAUAGAACGGAAAUCUGUUUCAACUUUAAAAUCGUGUUUGGGAGAGGCACUUUCAUCGUUUAAAAAAACACGCAUGAAGAACUUAAUCCAUCUUUGCUUCCACAUUUCACAAAGUCACAUGGAGAAAACUACAGUAACAUGUUCUGGAAAAGAAGAAAAGAUAUAACCGAGAAGUUUCCCAACUGAUGAUAUAAUUAUUUACACUUGAAAUAUGGUAGGAUUUACUGACCAUUUAACGUGCCCUCUCAUAGACGCAAGAUGAUAUAUCACAGUUCACAUGGUAAUGUUCACAGCUGGUGUUUUCGUCUUCUAUGUCAACGCCAAAUGGUGGGUUUUCUAUUUUGCAUCAAAUUCCCGAAGGCCAUGUUGGUGUCUAUUGGAGGGGUGGUGCUCUUCUGAAAACAAUUACCGAUCCAGGUAAUGUUAAAAUCAGCUCGUAAUUUUCUUUGAAAUCCUAUUUUUAGGUUUCUUAUAAGAUUAUGAUUCCCAUUGCUUGUAGGUUUUCAUUGGAAACUGCCUUUAGUCACCCAGUUUGAGCCUAUUCAAGUGACAAUUCAAACAGAUGAGGUAAAUAGUUGUCCUUUCAUCAAACCCCGGAUCUGGCUGUCACAAGAAAAAAACUUGCGGGUAUAAUUGUUUGUUUGCUAAUGUGGACAACUAGGUGAGAGAUAUCCCAUGUGGUACAAAGGGCGGUGUUAUGAUAAGCUUCGGAAAGAUAGAGGUGGUCUUUUCCAGCCAAUCUGACUUUCCUUAGCUGAGUUACACGCGGUAAUAAUAAUAAAAAAAGGUCUGGUCGUUUUUCUAACAUAAUAACUUGUUCUUUGUCCAGGUUGUGAAUCGUCUCCGCAAGGAAUAUGUAUACGAGACAUUGCUCAACUAUGGUGUCAAGUACGACAAAACAUGGAUAUAUGAUAAGAUUCACCACGAGAUCAACCAGUUUUGCAGUUUGCACUCUCUGCAAGAAGUUUAUAUUGAUGUAUUCGAUCAGGCAAGCUCACAAAUUUUCCUCUUGUCAACUCAGCGUGGUGUUAUGCUAUAAAGUCUUACUAAAUAGAAGUGAUGCCAGAUAGAUGAGAAGAUGAAGGAAGCAAUUCAAAUUGAUUGUACACGCUAUGCACCUGGUAUACAAAUCAUCAGUGUUCGUGUCACAAAACCAACUAUCCCAGAUAGUGUGAAGAGAAAUUUUGAGCAGAUGGAGGAGGAACGCACAAAGGUAUUCCUAUUACAGCCCUGUGUAAUGUCUCUUUCAGAAUCUUUGAUUCUUUAUUCUGUUCAAGUUAAUUUUUCGUUGGAACAAAUUAUAAUGUGGAGUAUGUGCCUUUUCUAAGUUUUUCCUCUCUGAGGAAGGGGCGCAUCAUGUUUCCUAAUAGAUGAAGCGAUGAUCAUCACAUAAUGCGAUGUCAAAGGAGAAUUCAGAGGACAACCUAAUAAUCAAAAGUCGGGCCACUGGGGUAGCGUUUUCAAGCUUCUUUAAAGCAUAUAGACCAGGCAAUUACCCCUUUUUUUCUGCCCGGUGAAGAGUCAAGGGAAUUAGAAGUAUAUCCCAUCUCUCCGAAUGAAAAAGCCAUUAAAAAAAGGAUCUUAUGCCUGUAAAAAGUUCAGAUUUUUUCCGUUUCUGGGUAUCUUUAUUAUAACGUGCUCUAAAAUUUAUACUGUGAGAAGAUUAAUUGCAGUCCGUGUCGGUUUCUUGUGAAAGUAUGCCUCGUAUAUGACAUCUUCUAAGCUCCACCAUAGGGCCUGUUGUAAAUGAACCAUCCAGCAUUAAAUCAAUGGUUUGCUUUCAGUUGCGAAGAGGAGACGGAACCUCCUUUCAUCAAGCUUUAAUCAAUUUGACUGCAUUUGGAAAGUGGGUAGUAUAGCCGGAAUCCCUGGCGUCUAGAUCUAUGUAUUGAGAAAAUACAUGAUUACCUACACUGUUACAGGUCUUGAUUGCCAUCGAGAAACAGAAGGUAGCAGAGAAGGAAGCCGAGACCCAGAAAAAAAUGGCUUUGGCAGAGGCGGAGAAGAAUUCUGAGGUGAGCAGGAUUCUGAUGGAGCAGAAGGUGAUGGAGAAGAUCAGCGCAAAGAGACAACAGGAGGUUGAAAAUGAAGUGUACUUGGCCCGUGAGAAGAGCCUGGCAGAUGCUAGCUUUUACAGGUUCGUCCUAGCUCUCUACCCUCUUACUAGAAUAGUGGAUUAGGUGCAAGAUCGUUAUCAUUUGGCCGAUCCUAGAUGUUGUGCCCGUCUGGGCCACUGAGCCCAUUAUACGUUGUUAUUUGGCCCAGAACAUGUUGAAUCCAUUCAACAUGGGUCAUCCUAUAUCGGAAAUUUCUAGUCAGAUUAUCGGCCAAAAUCAUCUUUUUGUGCUAUUUAUGGGCUGUAUAGUUAGUGUAUGUGUAUACAUAUCUAUAUAUUGUUUCUGCAGACGGUAGUUGGAGGCUGAGGUUGGGAUCAGAACCCGAUUCUGAUGGUCUGCUUAACACGGUUUAAUCCUCCUUGAUCAGAGCAAUGAGAGAAGCGGAAGCUAACAGGUUGAAGCUGACACCCGAGUUUCUCGAGCUCAAGUUUAUUGAAGCCAUCGCCAACAACUCCAAGAUCUUCUUCGGAGACAAGGUGCGUCGGGCUCGUCACGAAUCUCUCUCACUCUGGAAUUCACAUCCGAUGGGCAACCUCUUAUAAAAAUCCGAGCUUUCGGGUUUUCAGGUGCCGAAGAUGAUCUUCGACCAGAGGCUGCUGGGGAACUUCCUGAGUGACAUCGACAAGUAA